AUGAAUAGGAACAAGGGGAAGACGAAGACGAAGAAAACGGAAAAGGAUGAGGUUGAAGAGUUGCUCCAAGCAGCACAGGACGAUAUGCUGCUCGGUCUAUCCGUAGACUCUCACAUAUCCCGCCUUUCUGACGUGGACCGCCGUUUCCAGGCCCUCAAACUCAAGUCUCCGACUCCACCUAAAGUUGCCGAUGCUAAUUCCAGUGCGCCUGCUGUCACAUCGAUUCAAGUGGAUGAAGAGCUCAAAGCAGUCCUCGGAGAUGACCUGUCCACCAGAUUCGCAGCUCUCAAGGCCUCAGUGCCCAUGCCCUCCUCCUCCUCCUCUUCUUCUUCCAUAAUCGCCGCCAGCUCGGCAUUGCACGCUGACUACGACGACGACGACGCUGUUGAUGAAGAUGAUGAAGUUGAAAAGUUGAUACGUUGGGCCAAGGACGCCGCUCGCCUUGACCCUUCUCCACCCUCCGACGAUGAAGAAUGA